AUGAUCCCCCGCGGCAAGAGGGACGCCGGCCGCCCUGCCGAGCUGCCUGGCCCCGAAGGCAUCAUUGAAGGACGUCGGUCUGUCUGGGAGGAGGACGGCCGCCUGUCCGUCCUGCCCCGUGACGACCUCCCCAAGAGCAUGUCCGACUCUUCCGUCUCCUCCUACCACUCGGCGCUAUGCUCGGAGACGACAGACACCUUCAAGGACUGCCUGGAGUUCCUGGAAGAGGAGGACGCGGGCCGCCACACCGCCACACCGCCCCGGGGUCCCCCUCAGGGCCCCCCGCCGCACGGCCCUGUCCCCAGCCCGCGGCUGGAGCGCGCCCGGCAGGCUCAGCUGUCUGUCACUGCUAAGAAUAGCUUGGCGCCAGGGCGCGGGGGCAGGAUGGGUCCCCUCCGCGGGGACCAGCCGCCCGCCGCUGCCUUUGGGGACCGGCCGGGCGCGGCGGCACCGGGGACGAUGCUCAGCGAGGGGCGGCGUGCCAGGCGGAGCGGCGGGGCCAGCGACUCGGACGAGGCUGACGGUGAGGUGCGAGCACUGACGGCCAGGUCCUUCCGAAGCCUCUCAGGCCUUCCCGGCACCCGGCUGGACAUGUGCAGCUCCCACACCUCCUCCAGCCUCUCCAACUCGCUGUCGGAGGACGGUGGUGGAGGACGGCGGUGGGCAGCAUGCGGGGAGCCCCGCGGUGCCGAGCUGCCUGGCCUGACAGGGAAGGAGCUGUUUGAGUGCGUGGAUGUGGAGCUAGAGAGCAGCGACACCAAGAAGGGGCACGGCAAGAAGAGGACCGUCCCCAAGCGGCAGAUCCAGCUCAAGAGGAAGGAGAGGAAGGAGGCGGGGUUCUUCCUGUGGGGGGAUGCCUCAGCCCCCCAGCCACUGCCCCCCACCAGAAAGGAGCCCCCAGGCAAGGGCAGAGCUGUUGGUGAGGACUUCAGGUUCAACUACAAGCAGUUCAUGAAGACGGCCUCCCUGGACGACGCCUCCAGCAAGACCCGGAUGGCCUCCAACCUGGUGAAAAAUGUCCUAGCCAAGAAAAUGCAGUAUGAGCAGUGGAUUAAUAAGAUGGAGCAGAAAUCGCUGAGGGGCAGCUCGACCUCCUCAGGGCUGUCCUCAGUCGGCACCGACCUGCUCGGGGAUGGCCUGGAGGGCAAGUCCAGCUCGCUCUCCAAGUCCGACUGCAGUAUCUCUGCCGAGGACAUGCGGUGUCCUGGGGGCUGCGAGAGGCUGGGGACUGCCAGCACCACCCAGCCAGCCAAGGGGGUUGUGCUGAGUGAGGCGACAAGGGAGAAUGUCUGCAAGCUGAAGACAACCUUCAACGAGCUCAACGAGAGGAUGAAGUACCAGGAGGUGAUGCAGUGCCAGCACCUGCCUGCCGAGGAGCACACGACGGAGAGGACCCGCUACCGGCGAGCGCGCGCCUUGUUCGAAGGCUACGCUGGGGACAGGAAGGCGCUGGACAUCACCCCAAAAUUUGAGAAAGUGCAGAAGCCAUGGCCCAGCUUGAAGCAGCGAGCCAUCCGUCCCAGCAGGCCCGAAGUAGUCCCGUUUGAGCCCAAAAGCUUGGUGUUUCCUGAUGUGCCACCCCGGGGCAUCUUCACGUCCCGGGCGCAGGAGGUGAAGCUGGUGCCUCAGAGCCGGUGGGAGGAGAAGCCACCGCCAGCACCCCGAGAGCCACUGAGCCCCAGCACCCCUGCGGCCACCCCUGCUGAUCCGGGGAACAAAGGCAAGGUGCAAAUCCCGCAGCCGCGGGACGUGCGCAAGCUGCUGAAGAGCAGCUACAACCUCUGCUUUGGCACCACCCGUGGCCCCCCAGCCCCUUGCCCCGUCAGGGAAAGCACCGGGGAGCCCACGCCGCCAUCCCCACUCGUCAUCCACUGCACCUCAGUCUGCCGCCGUGAGCCGGCACCGAGCCUCAUGCCGCCGGCAGACAGGGACAUGGGGACAGCUGGUGGCCGAGAGAUGGAGGCAGCACAUGCUGAGGGGACGGCGACGGUCACCGGCACCCGCCCCACGCAGGGCUCACCCGUGCACAUCACAAAAGUCCAGUCCACGCGGAGAGAGGUGGCUGCCACCGAGGGCCCCCAGCUCAGCCCUGCUGCAUCCCCUGCGUGUCGCCAGCGGAGCGAGCUCAGGGUGCCACCGCGUGCGGCGAGCGGGGGGGACGCACACGUGGAGACCCACCUCCACGUCCUGGUCGGCCCACGGCCCCUGCCGGUGGCUGGGGAGGGCUCUCCGGCUCGGAGCGGCGCGGUGCUGCGGACAGAGAAGACCCUUGUCCUCCCACCACCACCAAGCCCCACAGAGGGAGAGGAGGAACGCAGUCGUGGCGUCACUGCAGGGGAUGGUGCCACAGGGGACCAGCAUCAUGGUGGCAAGGACGGCCCAGGGGAUGGCCAGGACGCCCGUGCCAUGAAACCAGCGGUGAGAAGUGCGGUAAAGCCACCCACCAGCGAGCUGGGCAGCUGGCUGGCCUUGGCGGGGAGCCAUGGUGCUGCAGAUGGUACCGGCCCCGCUGUCCCAAUUCGAGCGAGGGAGGCCAGCAACGGUCCCUCUGUCCCCACUGGGCCACUCCCCACCAGGCCACCAGACCGGAGGGAGAGCUGGGAGCACGUAACGAAGUGGCCGGGAGCCAGCGAGCCUCACCUUACCGCUGCCCCAGUGGAGAACACCAACUACUUGACAAUUCCCGUGAAAGCCGCCAAAUCCUCCUCAGUGCCAAAGCUGCCCUCGGCUCCCAACCCGGCCACCGCAUCCUUUGGGGCUCCCUUAGCUCCCCAUCCAGCCAGUGUGUCCUUUGGGACCCCUUCUGUCCCCAAUCCACCCACUGCAUCAUUUGGGACCCCCAUGGUCCCCAAUCCACCCACUGCAUCAUUUGGGACCCCCUCAGUCCCAAAUCCAGCCACUGUAUCGUUUGGGACCCCCUUGAUCACCAAUCCAGCCACUGCAUCCUUUGGGACCGCUGCAGUCCCUACCUUGGCCAGCACAUCCUUUGGGACUCCUUUGGUCCCCAGUGCAACCAACUCAGCUUUUGGCUUCCCACCAGCCUCCAGCAUGUCCUUUGGCACUCCCUCAGUCCCCAACCUGACCAACACGUCUUUUGGGACACCUUUGAUCCCCUACCCAGUGAGCGCAUCCUUUAUGACCCCCUUGGUCCCCAAUCCAGCCACUGCAUCCUUUGGGACCGCUUCAGUCCCAAGGCUGGCCAACUCAACCUUUGGGACCCCCUUGGCCCCCAACCUACCCAGCGCACCCUUUGCGACCCCCUCUGUCCCCAAACCAGGCAGCUCAUCCUUUGGGACCCCCCCAGCCACCAACCCAGUCCCUGCUUCCCUUGGGUACCCAUCAGUCUCCAACGUGGCCAGCUCUUCCUUUGGGUCUCUGUCAGUCACCAGCCUGGCCAGUGCUCCGCUGGGGACCGGUGUGUCCACCCUGCUUGGUGGGGAAUCCCUGUGGAGCAAACCCCUCCCCGAGCCCGCCCGGCCCCGGCCCCCCGAGACUGUGGCCACUGCGGUGCCGCAGCCCCCAGCCCAGCCCCAGCCUCGCUUGGAGGACGCUCCCCGGAGGACCGAGGGCUCCUCGCCAAGCAACAAGAGUGCACCGAGCCCCACGCGGCCGUUCAAUCCCCAUCCGGCCGCACAACGCAAGAUGCUCGUCGAUCCCGACAGCGGCAAAUGCUACUACAUGGAGCCGCCGCGGCAGCCCCAGCUGAAAAUGCUCUACGACCCCGAGACGGGGCAGUACGUGGAGGUGCUCAUCCCACCGGUGCCCGUGGCGUCACACGCUGGGCUUUACCAAGCUCCCUUCAACCCCUUGCUCUACAGCGUGCCCUACGUGCCCUACAGCAGCUUCCCGGGGCUGCCAGCACCCGCGCCGCCCGCCGUUCCUUCCCCGGCGCACCCUGACCUGCAGGGCCAACUGCCGGCUGCCGAAAACCCCGGGGGCUUCCCCGGGACCUUCAGCCCCGAUCCCAAGGGCGAGGGGCCGCCUGCUGCUGCGGGGCCCGACUGCGGGUACCUGGAGAGCCUGUACUACAUCCCCACGGGGAUGCGGGCCAGCCCCGGCCCCGGCCAGCCCCCCGCCCGCGCCAGCCCUGCCGGCCCCGAGCAGGGGCCGCUGCCCCCCAUGUGA